AUGAUGUAGAUCCAAAGAAUUAGCAAGUCAAUAUAAAGUGAUUCUACUUUAAAUAAGUCUAAUUAGAAUAAAAUAAUGAAUUCAUCUAAGUAGAACGAGGAACAAGGACAAAGAGACUUUUUUAAAUUAUAGGCCAUACUUGAAUAGAAAACAAAAAUUGAUAAAACCUAGAAAUCUAAUCCAUCUCAUAAACCAUAGUCAUAAAGCAUAUCAGAAUUCAAAAUAAAAGAUUCAAUUAAGAAUAAACCAAAUAGUAAUGUGAUUACCAAGAAUCAUGAUGUAUAGAAAAAGUAAAUAAAGGAGCUUGUAGUUAAGCAGAAAGAAGGUGAAAAACACCAUGUCAAAUAAGAAAUAGCUCAAUUCGAAAAAGUAAAGAAGCAUAUUAAAACCAAUCCUUCAACUUCUGUGCAACAAGCACCUAAACAGAAAGAAGCGAAGGACAAUUCUUAUUAGCCUUUAAAAAUACAUAAACCUAUGAUCAAAGAAAAGGUAAUUUAAAAGGAUGACGACGAGCCAAAUGAUUAUUAGAAUGAAAUUAUCAUAUAAAAGAAAAAUAACCAAAGCAAUGAUAAACAAGUUUCUAUAAAGAAGGAGCAAGCAGAAGAAACAAAAAAACUUUAGCCUGUACUUUUAGCAAAUUCGCAACCUUAGAAAUAAUAAAUUAAAAAAGAUCUUGGAGAGGAAUAACUCAUGUAAUUACUAUUAAGUUCAUCCAACAAAAGUGCUAAGAAGAGUAAAAAUAAGGAGAAAGAAAAGCAAAAGCAGCUAAAAUCUUAGGAAUCCAAAAGUUAAAAUCCCUAAUCCAAUUCAUCUAUCAAGAGGGAUUAAAUCAAGGAAUUAUAGAGCUAGAAAUCAAAGCCUUUUUCAAUUAAACCCUAAAUCAAAGACUUAAGCAUUUAAAAAAUAAGCAAAUAAAAGAAUUAAAUUAAUGAUGAUUACGAUUUAGAUGAUUCGUUUAUAAAUGAUUCAGAGAGUGUGGACGUGGAGAUCGAUCCAAAAGAAGUGGUCACUGAAUUAAAAAAGCUGCAGAGGUAUUUCUUAUGUUUUUAAGUUUAGGAAAAAGGAAGGCAGAAAGUAGAGUGAUCUGGACGAUGACAUUGAAGAGGCUGGGUUCGAUGUCAUGUUGAAGGAGGAAAAGAAGUCUAGAGUGUUGGGGAUUAUAGAUGACUACAGAGAAGAGAAGUAUAUAAAGAAAGAAAUUAAAAAAGAGAAACAACAGAAGAAGAAGUUAAUGGAGAUGAAAAGUAAAUAGGAAAAUAGAAAUGAUGAUGCCUAGUGA